ACGGCACCUAGCUUCAAGUCCCACAACCCCCCAGCGUCUAGGUACCUUCACAUGCGUCCUCGUUACGAGCUUUUUUUUUUUCUUUUUCUGCAGUCGGUAAGGUAUCCUGGCUGUCUCAAGGCUCCUCAUAAAACCAAUUCAUCUCACCCCCAAGAGUUCAACCUCUCCUCAAGUCAUGGCCUCCCUACGGUCCCUCUCAAAACAACUGCCUUCGGCCCUCAAAACCACCACCACGAUGGACCUGCAGCAAGCCAGCGCCCGCGCCGCCGCGGCGCAAAUAUCCUACUUCCGGUCCAUUCCCUGGUGCGCCGCACACUUGUCACAACCGGGCCUCGUCAUCGACCAGGCCCAGUCGCGGUGCCUCAAACCCCUCCACGCGGGCGACACGCUCAUCUCGCGCACGCUCAACUCGGCGGAGGCGAUUCCGGCCUACAUCACCUUCUACUCACCACCACCACCACAAGCAUCUUCCACCUCAACCCCUACACAACCAGACGCAACAAGUACUAGUAAUAAUACCAGCGCCAGCACCAGCACCCUCAUCCGCGAAAUCAAGUCGUUCGUCGCCCUGGGCCCGAUGGUGAGCGGCUGGCCGAGCAUCUGCCACGGCGGGCUGGUGGUGACGCUGCUGGACGAGGUCAUGGGCCAGACCUUCGCGGUGAACAAGGCGCACCGGCUGCUGGUCGACAUCCCCGUCAUGACGGGCUACCUGAACACGCGGUUCGAGAAGCCCGUCCCCGCGGGGACGGAGGAGAGGGCCAGCGUGCUGAUGGUGACGGCCAGGCUGGUGAGGAACGAGGGGAGGAAGUACUGGAUGGAGGGCGAGGUGCAGGGGGAGGAUGGGGCCGUGUUGGCGAGGGCCGAGGCGCUGUUUAUCAUGCUCAAGGCCAAGCUGUGAGAGGGCGGUAGAAGGAGGGGAGGGGAGGGGUUUGGUCUGGAUGGAGGCAUAGACGGUGUGUUGCUUACUUAACAUGUGGAUGGGUUAGACGGCGGGGCUUAGAGUACUGUAGACGGCGUUGGGUGAAUCUGUUUUGGCACUUUCCUGCUAUUAGUUAGAAGUAUAACGUAUCUUAUAAGCGAGCGAGACAUAUAAGCGA